CACAUGUUAAUGUCUUGAAUCUUAUACUGGCAGGGUCUGAGUUGAAGUCCCAGAUUAUUUAGAUAUCACUGCCCUUCAAACACUCAUUUGCAAGGGUUGUUUCUCGAAAGUAAAAUCUUUCCAGCUGAUUUUUCCUUUAUUACCAGGUUGCUGAAAUCAGGCCCUUCUUCAAAAUGUCAAAAGGACUUUGAAUGAUUGCCACCUAUUUAUGAUUCUAUAUGGCCAUGUUUGUUGUGUUGGAUUGUAUUGUCUAUAAACCAACCUUGUAAACAUUGUGUAUGUUUAUUUUGAUUUUUCCUUAUAAUCAUAUAACUGAUCAAGAAGCUACAAGUUAAAGCCAAAGAGAUGAUAGGAGGUAUUCAGGUUUAAUAUUGAAUCUAGUGGCCAAGGAAUGCAGUGUACAAAAACAGGUAUCCAAAGCUGAUGAUGGUUUUCAAGUUUAAUAGAGUAUGUUUUAUUGCAGGCUAACAGAAUAUUUUCAUCCAAAAUGCUCCUGAUGUGGACUUUCCAUGGGACCUUAUUUUGGAAUUUUGUCCAGAUCAGAUAUUGCUAACAGUAUCUCAUCUGACUAUACUUCUGUCUGAAUUUCCUUAAAAGUCUAGGCAAAGUGGAGUAAAUACAAAUCCAGGGAUAUGCAUUGGCACAGCUUCAUGCUUUUGCUCUUCAGGAACACAUACUGGAAUAUCAGACCUGAGAGAUUUCAGAUCAUCGUAUAAACAACGGUGCUGUCUGAUUGUCCGAACGCAUGGAAAGGCUGUAUUCCAUGGAGCCCAGAAAGCAGGGUGGAUUCAGGGCUUGCAUGUUUGUUUUUGUUCUGGGAGCCCUGGAGAACAUUGGAUUUGCUGCAAACAUAUCGACAAUGUAUCUCUAUUUCCACCGCGGGCUCUUCUUCAGCAUUUCUGCCUCAGCCAACACUCUUACGAACUUUCUUGGUUCGACGUUCUUACUCACGGUUGUAGGAGGCUUCAUCUCAGAUACUUACCUCAACAGGCUCCAUACUUGCCUCUUUUUCGGCUUUCUUGAAAUACUGGGAUUGCUAAUGCUUACAAUCCAGGCGAAUACCAAGAACCUGCAGCCUGAUCCUGAUCCAUGCAACAACAAGCAGAGUUGCAUCCAUGGCGGCAAGGCCUUCAUGUUUUAUACCUCUUUGUGCAUGUUGGCUUUAGGGUAUGGCGGAGUAAAGGGAUCCAUUGCCGCACUCGGUGCUGAUCAGUUUGAUCGAUCGGAUCCUGAAGGUGCCAAGGGCGUUGCCAGCUAUUUCAACUACUUCCAGUUCAGCACGACCAUAGGAUCCCUGAUAGGAGUGACGGCAGUGGUGUGGAUUGCCCUGGAUAAGGGCUGGCACUGGGCUUUCUUCACCAGUCUUGUGACUGCUUUCGUCGGGUUUGUUGUGCUUGCUCUUGGAAAGCCUUUCUACUUGUUCCAGCCUCUGGCAACAAGUCCCAUUGUUAGGAUAUCACAGGUGAUUAUUGGUGCAAUUCGGAACAGGAAUCUUAGCUUGCCUGAAAACUCGGAUGAAUUGUAUAAAGGAAGGGACAGUUGUGAAGAAAGGGUUGUGCACACCGAUCAGUUCAGGUUCCUUGACAAAGCUGCUGUUCCUUGGCCCCGACGGCAAGUCUGCACAGUAACACAGGUAGAAGAAGUGAAGAUACUGCUACGGAUGGCUCCAAUCUUUGGGAGCACCAUAAUACUGAAUACAUGCUUGGCACAGCUGCAGACAUUCUCAGUCCUCCAAGGAUCCAUCAUGGAGCCUCACUUGGCCACUCUAAACAUUCCGUCCCCAUCCAUACCAGUUAUUCCAUUGCUUUUCAUGGCCAUUUUUCUCCCCCUCUACGAGAUCUUCUUCAUCCCAUUUGCACGAAAGAUCACAGGCCAUCCUAGCGGGAUAACUCAGCUCCAACGCGUAGGCAUUGGCCUAGCUCUCUCUGUCCUUUCAAUGGUAAUAGCUGGAAUAGUAGAGGUGAAACGAAGAGAACAAGCUCUAGCAGAUCCCGAGAAGCCGCCGAUCAGCCUCUUCUGGCUCUCAUUCCAGUACGGCGUAUUUGGAGUUGCAGACAUGUUCGCCAUGGUCGGCCUGAUGGAGUUCUUCUACAAAGAGGCCCCAUCUGGGAUGAGGUCUCUGUCCACAUCCUUGACUCUACUGUCCUUGUCCUUUGGGUAUUUCUUGAGCACUGCGUUCGUCCACAUUUUCAAUGCUGUCACCAAGAAGAUCACUUCAGACAAACAAGGGUGGCUACAGGCGUCUGACUUGGACCACAGUAGACUCAGCUAUUUCUACUGGUUUUUAGCCGUCCUUAGUGCCAUCAAUUUUGGGAAUUAUCUCUUCUGGGCAUCGUGGUUCAAUGCAGCACAGAAAUCUGAUCAAGAUAGCAAAACCAGUGAUUUCGAUCCGAUGGAGGGAGGGUCGGGUCUCCUUAAUCAGAUAGAUAGUAGGUAUGAAAGACACCGCACCACACCACACACGGGGCAGCUUGUCGUUAAUGGAGUGCUGGGAGAAGGCGGGCGAUUAUUUCGUUUUCCUUCUUUUUUGGGGGCUUCGAAAAGCAUACGGAAUCAUUUCCUCUCCACUUACCUUCUUCAGACUUAUGAUCCUUCUUCUUUGGCUCUGUAGUCAAUUUCUCUGCUCUAUAAAUUACAAUCGUUUUUUUAUCCCUUCUACUUUCCAGGACAAAGAUCUCCUAGUUUUUGUAUAUUCAUCAUCUGUGAGUAACAUUUUUUGUGAUAAAAAUCUCUGGGUUUUCAGUAGUUUCUUUA